AGACGACCCUGCGGAGUUGGACAACUCAUAAACCCUUGCACCCUUUCUUCUGUUCUCCGCAUUUUCUCUCUCUAGGGUUUUUGGAAGUAAACCUCGCUUUCUCCAAGAAAGAAGAAAAAUCGAACAAAUAAUGGCGUCAUCAGCUAGGGUUUUUGGCCACAGCUGCCGAAAUCUGAUGGCCGCAGCCAAGUCGUCCGCCGCCUCCACGGCCGCCGCAGCGAAGCCCAAGACCGCAGGUCGUGUCACCGGCAUACUGAAGGUGCAGCCCGUGUCCCCUGCUCUGGCGAAGUUUCUGGGGUCUCCUGAAGCAUCUCGAUCUGGCGCCGUAAAGAAAAUCUGGGAGUACGUCAAAUCACACAAUCUUCAGAACCCAUCCAACAAGAAGGAGAUAUUUUGUGAUGACAAGUUGAAGGCCAUUUUUGAUGGCAACGACAAGGUUAAUUUUCAGGGUGUAGCGAAACUGUUGUCCAACCACUUCCCAAAGACUACGUGAAAUAUGCUUAGCUAGGCUUCCUAGUACAAUAGAUCUAGCUUGAUGAUAUUCUGUAUUGAAGCAUUUUGUCCCUGUUUCUUGUGUUUUAUGCCUCUUCCGGCCAUUGGCAUUUCUUUUUGGGUUUCUACAUGCAAGUGUGGUGCACGUAUAGAAUCUCUGCGGGCAACUAAUUUCACAAUGGUAAGGGAGAUGUGAACGGGUGGUCCUAUGGUUGGAUGCUUCAGUUGGCAGAUAUUUUUAAGCUAUCAUUAUUGAUUAGUUGUCGAGUCAAAUUUUUGGUACUCAUCUAUGUUUGUUUGCAAAUGUUGGGGUUCAACUUGAAGUUUUUUGAUGAUAGGCAUUUGAGUUCGGUGCUAAAGAUGCAUGAUUUGAAGCCUGUGUCCAAAUGAUGCUGAA